GGGGGGGGAGGUAGUCGGACGGUCACGUGUCUUGCCCUCGUGGACAACCAUACCUCUCUGACCGGUGUGUGCGUGUGUGUUGUAUCUAAUGGCAGAAUAUACAGGCGAAGAGGUUGUUCGGGCACUCGUAGUCUCAUCAUCGGUGGUGGUGGGAAGAGUCGGCCUGAGGGCGUCUGUGCCGCCGCUGGAGACGGCCGGUGUCGACGCCAUGCCGCUGGCCACCUGCCAGCUCUCGAACCAUCUGGGCUACCCAGGCGGUGCUGGCGGCCAGUUUUUCACUCCGGAGAUGGUAGCAGGUGUGCGCAAGGGCCUCGCCGACAACCGACUCUUUGCGCGCCUCCGAUACGUCAUCACGGGCUUUCUGGGAAAGGUUGACUUUGCCAGCGCGCUCAUGGACUUGCUCGACGACGCGUCAGCCGCCGCGCCGGACGCCAUCGUCGUCGUCGAUCCCGUGCUCGGUGAUGGCAUGCGGCUGUAUCUUCCGUCUGAAAUGGUCGAUCUGUUGAUCCGCACCGUCGUCCCGCGCGCAUCGGUCAUUACGCCCAACACCACCGAGCUUCUGCUUCUCGCCGGCCGCUCGCUCGACGAUGGUGCCUUUACCAAUGCGGCCGACCUGGUCGCCGCCCUCGACACCGUCCACGGCCUUGGUGUUCGCACUAUUGUUCUGACUUCGGUCGAUCCGGCGGCAGACGGCGCGCCCGGCUCAGUCUUUGAUCCUGCGCGGGUCUCGGCGCUGGUUUCGGACGCCGCCACCGGGAUACGGACGCUCAUCCACGUCCCACGCAUCGACGCCAACUUUGUCGGAACCGGCGACCUCUUCUCGGGUCUGCUUGUUGGCUGGCAUGCCAAGCUCGGUGCCGCGAGCACCGAGUGGGUGGAGCCGGCCGCUCGCGCCAUCGCCGACAUGCAGCGAGUCCUCACCGCCACGCCGCCGGGCAGCGAGCUGCGGCUGACCGCGAGCCUGGAUGCGCUCUUUGCCGCCGAUGCCCCGUUCCCGGAGCCUCAGCGCUGGUCGCCGUCCUAGCCCGACUCGCCGGCAUCAGGCUCGGCAAAGGUCGAAAAGUCAAACCCGAUGUACGGAAUCGAGGCCCGAAGCAGGAACUCGUGCAGAAAGCCGUACUGCUCGGGCGUUUGCACCAUCUUGGUCCGCUGCUUCCGCAGACUCCACAUCAGCGUGCGGACGUCAAACAGCGGAGGGAGUUCAAAGACACCAGCCCGGACUGCGAGCUCGGCCCGGUGCUCGGCAUCGCUGUCCGGCACAGCGGAGAUGCCACCGCCGACGGC